AUGGUGGCUGGGGCUUCUGUGGUUUGUGGCAGUUAUGAGAGAUAUCUAGGUCUUCCAGCUUUGGUAGGAAGAUCUAAAUACAACUCCUUUAAAGUAUUGAAGGAUAGGGUUUGGCAGAGGAUCUCUAGCUGGAAAAACAGCUUCCUUUCACAAGCUGGAAAAGAAGUUUUGAUAAAGGCAGUGCUUCAAUCCAUCCCCACGUAUACCAUGAGUGUGUUCAAGCUCCCUAUGAAGUUGUGUAAGGACAUGAAUGGAUUAUUUUCAAGAUUCUGGUGGAGGAAGCAGCACAUGGAGGGGGGUAUCCAAUGGAAGAAAUGGGAAUCUUUGGGGUUGCAAAAAGGGAAGGGAGGCUUGGGAUUCAGGGACUUGGAAAGCUUGGCAGACAACCCUCUUUUCUAUGGAGAAGCAUCUGGUCAGCAAGAGAUUUUGCUUCUUGAGGGAUUGAGGUGGAGAGUGGGGGAUGGUAGUAAGAUUCAAAUAUGGGGCUCUAAAUGGAUGCCAACACCUACAUCCUUUUCAGUCCAUUCACCAGUGUCUAUGCUAAGGGAAGAUGCAAAGGUGGAAGAGCUGAUUGACAAACAGAACAGAGCAUGGGAUGAAGGGAGAGUGAGAGCUAUUUUUUCAAGUGAAGAGGCAGAGCUAAUUCUUAACAUUCCCUUGGGCAGAGGUAUGGCACAGGAUAAAAUUAUAUGGGGACCUUCAAAGAAAGGGGCUUUUACUGUCAGCAGUGCAUACUAUUUGUAG